AAAAUAGCAGUUGAUGAACUAUUCGCCUAAGCUUCGUAUGUAUUGUAGCUAGCAAUAGCUAGAGGCUACUGAAAAGCCCAGUACAGGUUGUGCUGAUAAAUGCUGUUGUGUCUUAUUCUGCAUUCUCAUAAAGAAACUACUAACACCAUUACUAAAGCUUGAGUUCCAUCUGGCGUUAAUUUGUGUUAAGCAGAAUUCAUACAUAUUCUCUCUUCUUGUUGAAACAUGGGAAAGCAAAACAGUAAGUUGAAGCCUGAAGUCAUAAACGACUUAAGAGAGCAAACAGAAUUCACUGAACAUGAAUUACAAGAGUGGUACCGAGGUUUUCUGAAGGAUUGUCCUGAUGGAACUCUGACUGUGGAAGAAUUCAAAAAGAUCUAUGGUAACUUUUUUCCAUAUGGUGAUGCAGCGAAAUUUGCGGAACACGUGUUUCGUACCUUUGACGCCAAUGGUGACGGUAGAAUCGAUUUUCGCGAAUUCAUUUGUGCUUUAAGUGUCACAAGCCGUGGUACGUUGGAACAGAAACUCAAAUGGGCUUUCUCCAUGUACGAUUUAGAUGCAAAUGGAUUUAUCUCAAGGGAUGAAAUGUUGGAAAUAGUGCGUGCAAUUUAUAAAAUGGUGGGCAAUGUUGUUAAAAUGCCGGAAGACGAAUCAACGCCAGAAAAGCGAGUAGAUAAAAUAUUUCGUCAAAUGGAUAAAAAUACCGAUGGCAAAUUGUCUUUGGCUGAAUUUAUAGAAGGUGCAAAAAGUGAUCCAUCUAUUGUUAGACUGUUACAAUGCGACCCUGCAGGGUCUAGCCGUUAAUCAUCCGUCUUUUUUUCAGUUUUUUUUCCAAACAGGGUUUAUUGAGUAUGGAUUUUUCGAAUAGACACUUGUAUGAAUGAAAAGCUACGUGCGAUAUGUUAUUUUAUAGUAAUGAAUUCGUCCCAGGGCGGUGUAUUUAUUUAAAGUCAAUGUUCUCGUAACUCCGAAUUUUUAAUGUAUGGUUCAAAAGUUGUUACAAUGUUCUGUUUUCGCCUGUU